AUGUUAAAGGAUUUAGGAGUAAGACGAUUUGGUACAAAAUGUUCAAUGUGUGACGAGGGAAUCUGUCCCGAUAUGGUGGUAAGGCGAGCUAAUGAACACGUUUACCACGUAUCCUGUUUUCAAUGUAUCAUCUGCAAACGUGAACUUCGAACUGGUGAAGAGUUUUAUUUGAUACCCACUGAUGGACGUCUGGUUUGCAAAUCUGAUUAUGAAAUGGCCAAAACCAAAGAAGCAGAUAUUGAUGCGAAUACAAAACGGCCGAGAACUACAAUAUCGGCAAAAAGUUUGGAAACAUUAAAACAAGCUUAUCAAGCAAGUUCGAAACCAGCAAGGCAUGUUCGAGAACAACUGGCUGCUGACACUGGUCUCGACAUGAGAGUUGUUCAGGUUUGGUUUCAAAAUCGUCGAGCAAAAGAAAAAAGAUUAAAAAAGGAUGCUGGCAGUCAAUGGGGAACAUAUGGUAUGCCGAAAAGUUUAGAUAGUGGUAGUGCAUCACCUAACGAUAGCAUUUGUGAAAGUCCUGUUUACGGAGCGGGAGGAUAUUUGGAUGCACCAUUGGAUGGUCAAUUGGUUGUUGGAUAUGAAGUGGAUAGCAGUUACAGUUGUGAAAUGGAUAAAUUAUUAGCACCAGCUGGUUCAUUGCUUGGUCUCGAAGCGUCAACUAAAAAUCAACUUGAACAGCAGCAACAAAAUUUACUCUUCAUGCGUGUGCAAUCCAGUCCGACCACUGGCAACAAUCAACAUCUCGAGUCACAAUUCCCAUAA